AUGGCAACCAACAUCACUUGGCACGAAGGCGCUGUCUCUUUGACUGAGCGUCAAACCCUCCUUGGUCAAAAGGGCUUCACUAUUUGGUUCACUGGUUUAUCCGCAUCCGGCAAAUCGACUCUUGCUACUGCUCUUGAGCAAACUUUGUUGCACUCGGGCAUCUCUGCUUAUCGACUUGAUGGCGACAACAUCCGCUUUGGCUUGAACAAGAACCUUGGUUUCGGCCCUGACGAUCGCACCGAAAACAUCCGCCGUAUCUCUGAGGUUGCCAAGUUGUUCGCUGAUGCUACCACCAUUGCUGUCACCUCCUUUAUCAGCCCUUAUCGUCAAGACCGUGAAUCCGCUAGACAAUUGCACGAAGCUGCUGGUAUUCCUUUUGUUGAAGUCUAUGCUGAUGCUCCCUUGGAAGUUGUUGAGCAACGUGAUCCCAAGGGCUUGUACAAGAAGGCCAAGGCUGGUGAGAUUAAGGAAUUCACUGGUAUCUCAGCUCCCUAUGAAGCACCUGAAAAGCCCGAGAUCCACAUCAAGACCCACGAAGUAUCCGUUGAACAAGGUGUUCAGCAAAUCAUUGAUUAUCUUGUUAGCAAGCAACUGGUUUCUGCUGACAAGCUCGUUAAGCGUGCUUAG